AUGCUGCCAGGUAUCGGAAUGUUCGGAACGGGUGAGGUGACCCACGUGCUGGUUCCCAUUUUGCGUGAUAAGGGCUUCAACAUUGUCGCCAUUUGGGGUCGGACGGGCAAGGAAGCGGAACUGGCAGCGCUCGAGUUGAAGAUUCCCUUCCAUACGGCCAAGAUCGAUGACGUGCUGCUACGGAAGGAUGUCGAUCUUGUGUUCAUCACUUGUCCACCGUUUCUCCACUCGCAAAUAUCGGUGAAAGCCCUUGGUAUCGGAAAGCAUGUCGUAUGUGACAAACCGAUGACAUUGAUGCAGAGUGACGCGUUAAAGAUGGUUCGCGCCAGUCAGUACUAUCCAACUCUAAUCUCGAUCGUCAACCACUCGUUGCGGUUCCUGCCGGCGAUCGCUCACAUGAAGCGAGCCAUCCAGGAAGGUUAUAUCGGAGCGCCCGGGCCUUGCCUUGACCAGACGCUCAUCGACGUGAAGGUACGAAUGGGUCCUCUGUUCAACCGGAAGCGGUACGAUUGGCUAUGCGACGAAUCGAUGGGCGGUGGUGCGUUAAAUCUGGUUGGCAGUCAUGUCAUCGAUCUGGUCAAGUUCCUGACAGAACGGCGUGCGAUACGAGUCCACGGAACCGUCCGCACGUACGCAAUGUACGCUUCGCAUUCACACACUGGUAUCCGACGUGUGGCGGCACCCGAUGUGUGCAGUUUCCAGAUGGAGCUAGAAGGUGACGGCGGUGCAUCGAGUGCGUUGGUAACGGUCAACAUAAAUUGUCACGAGACGAACAACGUUUUUCAGCAGGAAGUCGUUAUCUAUGGUCCGGCGGGACAUUUAACCGUACGUGGUGGUGAUCUGGUGGGACAUCGACUGAACGCUGAAACAGGCGCCGUCAAGGAAGAGAUGCUCUACGUGGAUGUGCAGGAUCUACAAUUUUCAACCUCGGAUACGGCUCUCCCCAGGCCGUACGUCAAGGGACUUUGCAAACUCGUAGGCGCUCUUCGUGACGCCUUUCAUCCAAACAAGGAAACCGCGGGUUGGAUUAAGGAACCCGUGCAGGCGGCGGCCACCUUCGAAGAUGGCCUGUAUGUACAGGCGGUUCUGGACGCCAUUCGAAAAUCAAGCAAUGAACGCUCAUGGACGAAGGUUAGCGUUUGUACGGAAUCACCCACGAGUCAGCAGAAGCAAAAUGCGCUCGCGAAUGCCGCUGCCCGGAUAGCCUCCGUUAAUGCCAUUCGCGCCGAUCCCAGUAUUAAUCAUGCCGGCUACUUCUGA